CAGCAAAGGAAGAAUCCCGCUUCAAGUGUCUCGCCUGCGCUGCACAGGGCGUCUGGACACUCCUUACUGCUUUAUAUCUCCUCCAUAUACCCAUAUCUCCAUUUAAGUUAUCAUUUUGCGGUCGAGAAGCCGCAAGAAUCGCACUUAAAUGGCUCAAGUAGCGGGCGAUAAAGUGAUGACGGAGCUAUCGACCGUGACGCCUCCAGGAAGCAGUGGAGGCGAUGCCCGUCCGCGUCAUCGCUCUUCGGCCAGUCGGCAGAGUGUGCUGCCUGUGCUUCAGUUCUGGAAGGCUUUCGAUCUCGACAGUAAGCGCGUGUUGCUGGACUCGCAGGGCAGCACUAUGAAGAGCGAGAAAGAUGCGAGCGUUCGCUCCCGAAAGAAGCUAGCAGAAAUGACGAAGCAGUUCCGACGUCUAGCGACUGACACUGACAAGGCAUCAGGAGCGGGGCCACUUCUCAAGGCCUACCAGGAGGAAAUUGACAACUUGACACGUCGAGCCAAAUUCUCUGAGAGCGCCUUCUUCCAGCUGUACAAAGGCCUUUACGCUGCCCCUGACCCUGCUCCAGCUUUAGCAGCGGUCGCUUCAAGUUCAGGAACCGACGAUUUAGCUGAAGAGAACAAGAAAUUGAAGCGAGAGCUCAAGGAGUUCGAGGUCGAGUUCGCUUCAUUAAAGAACCAGGACAUCACUAUUCGGAAAUUGGAGGAGCAAGUCGCUAGUGCUGCGAGGGAACGGGAGGAUGCACUGCAUCAGCAAGUGGAGAAACGUACACGAGAGCUAGAAGAUCAGCUGGAGAACGCUCGACUGGAGUGGGCACAGCAACGCCGCGACUACGAACGCCAACUGGAAGCUUCUCGUGCUGAGCUGCGUGAGGCGUUUGCCAAGAUGGAUGCGAUGCAGUCCGAUCUGUUUGCACACAAACAACGCUCGGGGCUAGCUCGCAAUGCUUUUGAUGCCGAGAUGGAGGCUAUCUCGCAGGACUCAUUGUUGUCACAGACGCUGCAGUUGGAGAAUGCUCAGCUCAAGAAACAGUUGGAAGAGCUGCUUAGUGCAUCGACGUCUUCGGAGAUCUUCGAUGCCCGAUCUGAGAUGCAGGCGGAACAAGACGCUGUCGUCGCUGCGUUGCGUCAAGAAGUUUUCCGUCUGAAAGAGACUCAUGCGACUGCGAGUGUUGCUGCGACAGAGGAAGCCAAGCGACUGAAAUUUGCGCUAGAGAAUGCCCAACAAGCUCAGAAAGACCUUGAAGCGCAGCUGGCAUCGCGUCCAACUAUCGAGAAAUUCCACGAAGUGACGAGGAAACUGCGAGUUUUGCAGCAAUUGGAGUACAAUAUCGUCGAUGAGGACGAGGAAAGGAGCAAAACUUCCUCAACCGACGCAGCAGAGAACAACGAAGCUGUAGAUGGUCUGGAAGCGGCUACAGUUGAGGUGGAACAGAUCCUCGUGUCUCGUGUACGUCGUCUAGAACACUCGUUGCAAGAAUGUGAGCGGACGCUUCAAUCGCGGACAACACAAUUGCAACAAGCUCAAGGCGAACUGCGCGACCGUGAUGGUAAAAUUCGAGAACAAGCGACUUUAAUUCGGAACCUUGAGGAGAAUGUGGCGGCAUUGGAAAAGGCUCGACGAAACCGCACGGCGGGCGUGAUUGGUGGGGACAUUGGCUCCGAGAUCCUCCUGGAUGCCAUGGAAGACCAAUUCACUGGAACCUCUGGGUCCUCACGUGGUCAUGCGGUAGCAACAACAGACAGCUCAACCUCGAUCGUGGCCACUUCGUCGGACAGUAAAAUGCUGGAGAUUGUUCGUGGACAGCGUGAUCGCUUCCGUGAACGUAUGAAAGAGUUGCAAGCCGAGAAGAACCGUGUAGAAGAGCUUGCGCAGUCGUACAAGAACACAGUGGCGCGUCUCGAGACCGACAACAUGCAACUGUAUCACAAGAUCCGCUAUCUGCAGAGCUACGGUGGUGACAAGUCUGGACGUGCACGCAUCAAGCCCAACUUUUCUGCACUGGAAGAUGGCAGUGCAGGUGCAUACGACGUUGAAGCACGCUACCGCAGUAUGUACGAAGAGAAGAUGAAUCCGUUCGUGCAAUUCAAUAAGAUGGAGAACCAGCAACGCUUUACGAAUCUCAACCCGGUGGAUAAGAUCCUACUGACAAGUGCCAAGCUGCUACUGGGCCACCGAAUCACUCGCAACAUGGCGUUCGGCUACAUCCUGCUGCUACAUUUCCUCGUGUUUGCCACGCUCUACUCGUUCAUGCACGUAUGCGGAGUCACAAACGACUCGUAG